AUGCAACUGGACAUGUUAGCGGAAAUGGAUGACGCAGGUUCGUCGAUGGCGAUGGACGUGGAUGAUAUCGAAGCCAUGGAGAUACUUAGUGAAGGAGGACUUAUCUCUGAGAACGACGCCGAUUUCUUCAACAAAUUCGAGGAUGAUUUCGACGACACUGAUAUCAAUUGA